AUGGCUGAGAACGCUGCCUUAGCUGAUGCUAUUCGUUUGUUAGCUGAAAAUGUGAUCCAAAACCAAGGAGACCAAGUCGACCCCCAAGCUGAAAUGUUUAAGAAGCUGGCCCAGGUUAGACCACUAGUUUUUAGGGGAGGUGCUGACCCUACUGUCCUAGAAAAUUGGAUUCGAGAGUUUGACAAGCUGUUCGUGGCACUCAACUGUCCCGAGGGUAUGAAAGUGGACCAGGCCGCUAUGUAUCUUAAGGACGAAGCUGAUAUCUGGUGGAGAGACAAUGCUGUGACUGUUAGGGCCAAACCUAACUUUGGGUGUGAAGUGUUUAAGACCUCCUUGAGGGACAAGUUUUACCCCCCGUUCCUGAAAAAACAGAAGGCUCAGGAAUUUAUAAGCCUGGCAAUGGGAGACAUGUCAAUCUCUGAGGGUAACCAGAAUGUUAGCAGUUCUUCCAAUGCUAACAAUGGAGAAAGAACCUACCACUGUAAGAAGUGUAGAAGGAACCACCCUAGGAGAGAUUGUGAUGGGAAUUUGGUGACCUGCAGGUUCUCUAACAAAAGGGGACACAGGGAGUAUGAGUGUUACACCAAACAGAAACAACAGGGAAAUGGUGGGAAUGGUGGGAACACCCAGCAGAGGCCUAACAAUUUCAACAACCAGGGGAAUAGGGGAAAUGGUCAAAAUGGGAAGUUUGGGAAUGGUAGCAACAAUAACACCAGGUCUGGCAAUGGCAACAGCAACAACUCAGGCAACAAUAACUCAGGCAACAACAACAAUGGGUAUCAGGCAAGAAACAACACUCCGACCGCUUGUCUGUGA